AUGAUGCUGAACACGUUCAGGGAGCUAAACGAUUACAGCAAUUUUUUGCCUAAAAAAAUCAAGGAAAAUGUGAACAAGGAAAAGUACGAAAUAUUGUGCGAAAUAAGAAAAAUAGUUUCGCUUAAAAAAAAUAACUCCUAUAAUGUAACGUUAGUGAUCAAGCUGUAUAACUUGUAUGAGACCAUCAAUACCACGAAACACAAAUCGUUCCACUUUUACAUUUUUAUGAUUAAAUACUUGUGGUACUCCCUGAACAAUAAAAAUAUAAGUCCCAAUUUAAAAUCCUAUAUUUGCCAAAGUAUUUCUGGCAUCCUAGACAAUAUAAAAAGUCACAUUUUGGACGAUUACUUUUUUGAAUAUGAUAAAGAACUCAUUUGUAAAGAUGAAGAGUCGAGUAGUUUUGUCAAACCUGAAGAUGUGGGUGGUAUUUCGCAUGAUGAGGGAAAUGGUAGUGAUGUGACGAACAAUUCCUAUGAAGGAAUUAGUGACCACUACUAUGAUGAGUAUAAGUACUUAAAUGAGGACCGAAGUGAUAUGGACAGUACUACCAUAAAUGAGAACAAGCCAUAUAUUUCUGGAGAUCGGUACUACCUAACUAUUAAUGGGAUUUUCGAAAGGGGAGAAGAAAAUACCAGCUCAUUUUUUAACGAAGAAGUUUUAAUUAACGGGAAGGAUGAAAGCUUUCGCUUAUAUAUUCAAAAGUGCAUAUUUAACAUUAUUGAUUAUAAGUACCUGUUUAACUUAUUUUAUGAUUAUCUCAGUAACAGUUCAAGGAAGCAGGAUGAGUAUAGUCAUAAUGCUUACAAGAAUUUCAUCACGUCUGUUAUAAACCUGUUGGCAAUGUUGAGGCCUUUUUGUUAUUACAACAUUGAUGUGCAUAACUUGCUGUUUGAUUUUUCCUUAAAUAAUAUGUUUUGCUGCAAAUAUGAGGAGUAUGUGGACAUGAGGGCCGACUGCCUUCUGGGAUGCGGGAUAAGGGUUGGAAAAUGCGUCCAGGAAGCGGGUCACAACGGGGCCGCGGAUGGAACCCAUGAUGAUAAUUGCGUCGAUAAGGGGGAUGGCAACUGGGGCGGCAACCGGGGCGGCGGCCGGGACGAUUGCUCCACCUUUGCCAUUAACUUCGAACUGAACAGACGAACCAACAGCGGAGUGGUACUGGACGACAAUUACAAGAAGCACAAAUCAGGGACAGCGACAAACGCGUUCAUCGGAAUGUCGGACGAACCGGUCCUGCAACAUGUAGACCUAGUCGCGCACCCCAUUGAGAAGUUAGAAAUUUGUCCAAGAUACAACACGGUGUUUUUAAAUUUUGUAAUGCUAAGUCAGCUGGGCUCAGAUGAUUUAUGUUUUAAGUUAAUAAAACACGAAAGGGCUCUCCAUCUCUACAGGAAGUUAAAACGGUACAAUUGGCAUAGUAUCAAUUAUGCUUUCGUCAGAAUUGUGUACAAAGGAUUAAAAUAUGCCUAUAUGUAUAACAUCAGUCUGGAAAAGCAAAUGAAGGAGAUAGUUAGACUUCUUUUUUUCUUAUUCUUAUAUUAUAUAAAAUUACCUUGUAAUGUUCAAUUAAGUUCCGCCAAAAAGUACAUUCCGGAUGAUUACAAUUUGCUGAUUAAUGACGAUGACAGUGUGGUGAAAACAGUUUCGAAGACGUUCGUUUUUUUACUGAAUAGAAUGUAUCGAAAGGGGAGAGCAGCCGGGGGGAACAGUGCGGAGGAAGUCAAGCAAAAGGAGGUGGAGGCAAAGAUGAGGGAGAAAGAGUUACUGCAGGCUUUUCUCUCUCUUUUAAAUGACGAAAAUUUUAAUUUAAGCACCUUCGAUGAGGUGACAUUUGGUGGCGAAGGCCUAGAAAGCGGCGGCGACGGAGGAGGAAGAAAAGGAAACAAAAGAAGCAUAUCUUCCCUUUUUCAAGACCUGGAUACACACGAAUUCCUUAACGUCAUUACCGUGGGCAAGCACUUGGGGAAUAUCAAUCUGUUCAUAAACACCUUUCUGUUUUGCUUCAUUAGGAAGUUGAAGAGGGAGAGUUUGUACUUGAAGCGGAUGGAAGUUCGCGGCAGGACCCCAACUGGUGGGAGUCAAACCGGUGGGAGUCUAACCGGUGGAGGGGACAUCCGUGGUGAACCUCCCAUCAAUCUACAUGGCGAAGCAGACGAUUAUGUCUCGAACUAUUUCAUCUCGGAAGAGGACAAAAAAUUUGUCAUCGAAAAAUUCACACAGUUAGCAGUCCAGGGGAUGUUCCCCAAAAGCAACAAGGGAGUUAGCCUCUUCGAAAAUAUCCUAAAGCACAUAUGCGUAGUGGAUAUUAACUGCCUGGAUAUUUUUGUUAAAAAAAUGCUAGAAUGCCUUAUCAAUGUGAAUAUUUCAACCCAAAUAUGUAACUGUCUUUUGUCCCUAUGCCUAAUAUUACCGCUGCUGAUUAGGUAUAAGGCUAGCCAUUUGAAAGAACUGCUCUCCGUUAUGAGUAUGGGUAUUGAUAUCUGCGAUGUGUAUAAAAGCUUCACCAUCUUCUCCUUCCUAAGCAUUUUAUUUUCCUACAUUUGCAUUGUCAAAAUUGAGAAUGUAGGAGCAGGAAGCAGCGGGGUGGACUUGCAGAUUGCUGUGAGAGAGUACAAAAAAUUUAUGCGCAUGGAAGGCAGUCAGGCAUACACUUUGUACUUUUUAAAUGAUGAGCAGAUCGAGGAAGUUAUGAGAGAGCGCAAAGAACUAGUCGACUAUCUAUGCUAUUGGAUCCAUGAAUUUUUUGAAAAAAUUUUGUACUUUAUAAAAUUUACAAAAAAUGAGAAAAGUAAAGAUACCAAAAAGCUGAAUGGAGAAAAGAAAGAAACCAAAGUCGGAAACGAUAUUUACACCGGAUUGAAGACAACACUGAUUUCUCUCUUUAUUCAUUUAGAUCACGAUAUUGUAUAUGAGCUAUGUCAGAAAUUUUUAAACAAUAUUGAUCAGGAAAACGCCAAGUCACUGUCCAUCAUUCCGUUGGCCUUCGGGCUGGUAAAUAACAAAAAAAUCUACGACACGCUUUUUAACGCGUUUUAUAGGAAGCUCAUCACGAAGAAGAAGAAAAAGCGGGUAGUACCUGCAAUGGAAGCGUCGGAUGGAGCACCCCUCGCGCAGAAAGAGGAAGAAUACUUCACCUACUCGAAAAACGAGUACGCCAAUGACGAUACGGUUAAGUGCUACCUACAGUUUUUGUCAAACCUAAUCAGAAGGGCCAAAAAUGAAUACAUCAAUUUGGAGGAUAUUUACAACUUAAUCGAAAUAUACAUCGUUGAAGAUAACAAUGUUGCCUUUAAGUAUAUUUGCAAAAUUAUGUAUAGAUUUCUGGAGGUGAAUUUUUCUCUAUCGGUGAAGGAGUACUCGUGUUUUAAGAUUGAAGAAAAUAUUAGUGCACAAGAGAAGGUGCGUACCCUGGGGGGGUGGGGUAUCCCUUGGUAUAUUCUAAACAAUACAAAAAAUGAGGGUAAAGAUGCAUCACAUAAGACGUGUGAACAAGGACAAGUACUGCACACCAACUGCAAUGCUGAGGAAGGGACAGCUAAGGAGGACUGCACCCAUGGAAGAUUCUCAGAAGGACGAGUAUUCAACGCGGAUGAACUCGUAAAAUGGAAAACCCCAUCAAAGGAAAAUGUAAAAGUAGGGAAGAAGUUUACGUACUUUCUGCUGGACUAUAUGCUCGAUCUGAUAAUCCAAUGUGAUGUCUCAGUGUCAUCCCCCAAUCUGAUAAAAUACGUGGAGAAGAGAAAAUUAAGGGAAAGAAAAAUCAAUUGGAAAUUUCCCUUAAACCAUUCCAAUAUGAUCUCAAGAAUUUACAAAAUAAUUAAAUGUAUCGUUAAACCACUUAGUUGUUUAUAUCCAGAUGAAAGGUACAAUUAUAAUAACCUGUUAGCGAAGUGCCACGUGGUGAAUACAAAGCUGUCCUUCUACCUGUACGUCUACAUAUGCGAAAUUGUUGUGACUUUAUCUUUACACGUGUUGAAGAUUCCCAAGCAAAUUUUGAGCAUGUCCUUAUAUGCUAGGUACAACCCUAACGAUGAUAGACUGGAGCACAAAUCUUCUUUCAGCUCGGUGAAUAGUGAAAACAGUGUAAACGAUGUAAACGCGAAGCACAUGUUGGUAGAUAAGAAUGAGUUGAAAAAAUUAAAAGAGGAUUUUUUCACAAAUAUUAUUAAUAAUAGGGAGAAAACUAUCAAAGCAGAUGCAAAGAUGCAGAGAAAAAUUAUCAAGUGCAUACACUUUCUACUUUUAAAAUGUAACGAGAGUGCCAACACGACUAUGUACAAUGAAUAUAUUAACAGCGUCCUGUCCUUCACCUAUAACAUGUACCCGUACAGCUACAAUUAUGAUAUCAUUAAGAGUCAGUACGUUAAUAAUGUGUUAUCACUGUACAAUGAAAGACUGAAGCAAAGGAAGAAAAACUACUGCUUUAAGGGCUACCGUGAGCAGCUGUGCAAUAUUUUAUUUUUCACCAACUUGUCCGUUUACUCUCAAGUCCGAUCGUAUGCUCAGAGCACCAUGAAGCUCGUUUUGCCCACUUUUAAAAUUAUAAAAAUUCCUUUUCUCAAAAUAUGCUCCUUUUAUCUGAAGAAUUACAUCAAGCUGUACAUCUUGGUGAGGAGCGAGCGGCACAAGGGGGUAAGCGGCGGCACCAAUGGGGCGAUAAAUGGACCGAUAAAUGGCCCGAUAAAUGGCCCGAUAAAUGGCCCGAUAAAUGGCCCGAUGAACGACCCGAUAAAUGGCCCGACGAAUGGCCCGAUAAAUGGCCCGAUAAAUGGCCCGAUGAACGACCCGAUGAACGACCCGACGAAUGGCCCUGCGGACAGCGGAAGCCUGAGCAAGCUCAGCAGCAUGAAGAGCCUAGGAGAGCUGAACAACCAUGACUACUUCGAGAACAAAUGCAUCAGCUGCUUCAACGGAAUUUUGAUAACCAUUACGAGCAACUCGGGGCUGAUAAAGAAGAUCAGCACCGACUUACACCUACUGAAGAAGUACAUCAAAAUUAUCCUAAACAUAUUAAGACUGGAAAUGCAGAAGGAUGAAAUAACCCUAAGGUGCAUGAAGCUAGUGUAUGCCAUCAUUAACAGCAGAUUUAUAAAAAAUCGGGAAGCCAGUUCCGUAGGGGAGGAAAAAAAAAAGAGCCUGAACGGAUUAUUUUUAUUUCUAAAGGCAGAGAGCGCAAAAAAGAAUAACGUCUACUCACAAAUCGUCAUUUUAGCAUUCCUCAUCUGCUACGAAAACUUUGUAAUUCUCAAUCAUAGCGAGUUCUAUUUUAGCUACCUGCUAGAAAAUUUGAUCAUAAAAAAAAACGUGAAUGUGUAUAACCUAGCCUAUUACGGAUUUAUUAAGUUUUUAAAAUAUUUCAACAGAAACGUUGAUAGAGGUAUCGUGCCUGCCCACAUAAUGAAAGUGUUCAGGGGCGAAGAUGUAUACAACAAUUUUGUGGAGGUAUGCAUAUACAAAAAUUUGAAGAGCAAGAAAAAGAGCAAUAGCAUAAAUGCCAUCAUCGUGAAUUUAUCGAAGAUACAAAAAUCUUUUAAAGGUUUUGCUCAUAUUAGCGAGACACAUGUGAAGGAUUUUUUCUACUACCAUGAGUUUUUCAAAUUUUUGGUUAAUCUCCAGAAUGAGUAUGAUGAGGAGACAGGGGGAGAAGCUACGCUCGGAGUGGUACACUCAGUGGAGCCGUACAACCAGGUGAAGAAGCAGGACGACGGAGAAGGGGAAGCCAUACCAGGGGAUGUGCACCGACUGGGUGAAGAACAAACCAUUAGAAAUAAAGGGGAUGUGUGCUCCCAUUUUAGCUUUUUCCAGAGGGUUAUCCACAAUUUGAAGGAACUGCAACAAGAUGCGCAUGCCGACAACGAGUACAAAUCUACGUUCAUUUCGCUAGUCUGUCCUUUGCUUUUUUCCCUGAGAAAGUUAAAAAGGAGGGAAGCAGCAGAUGCAAUUUUGGAAAGCAUCAUUUCAUUGCUGGAAAAAGAAAUAGCUGUUGUAAAUAUGGAUGUGUAUAGCAUAUGGAUGGAUUAUUUUCACCUACUUUUUAUUAACAUAAAGAAGAAGGACCUUGACAAGUACGAAAAAUUGUUUAAUUUUUGUUUGUGUUUCAAUUUUCAAGAUACGUCCAAUUUAAUUUUUAAAAAGAAAACGCAGCUGUUAAGUAUUAUGCUUAUGUACAGUAUGCACAAGAACAUCCACCUAAUGGAUGACCACCUAAUGGAGUUCCUAAAAUUGAUCGAUAAUGACAACAUAACGGUUAGACAAGUGGUGGGGGAUCUCCUAGCUUACUUACUCUACGUACUUCACGACCAUAGGUAUUAUUCCCACUUGAAAUGUAUCUAUCUUAGGAUAUUAAUAUAUAUGUACAAAAGCGCCUGUGAGGUUAUUGAGUAUCUUCAAGGCCAGGAGACGCUGUCCAAACAGUCAAAAUUUAUUUAUACACUGGAGACCCUAGCUUAUAUUACCAUCACCAUUUUUUCGAUUAGAAGCAUGUACGUGCUAAAUAAUGUGAGCAUUCCAUUUUUGAAAAUGUUUAUUUUAUCCUUCCAACUCGUCGACAAUUUUAUCAAUGGGAUUAUCAACAAGGCUAUUAACUGUUUCAUGUGCCCCUCGCUCUACUUGUUCGAGCUUGAAAAAAUCAGCCAUGUGAAGGGGACGGGGGAAGCAGGCGACACGUGUGUCACAUGUGGCCCAGACCGUAACUACGAAAUAGCCACACCAGAACUAAUUAGUAGCUUCGACUCUCUACUCCAAGACAACAUGGGAAAUUUAUUCAUAAAAAAGUUAAGCCACUUGCUAAGCAAAAAGAAUUGGAAGAUUCGCAAUUGCGUGUUACAAUUUUGCUUUUAUUUCCAUGCGUACUACUGCAUAUUUUUUUACAGUCGAAGGGAAAACACCUUCCUCCUAAAUGUCUUCAUAUCUUUGCUAGUUGACAAUUAUAUUGAGAUUCAAAAUUUAUCGCGUGAUAUUUUGUCCUCCGUGCUUUGUUUCUACGACAGUCAAACUGUUCAAAGCAUUUCGCAAUAUUUUUUAACCGUGGCAAAUGAGAAAAGCACAUUACCAUUACCACAAAAAGGGGAGAAUCAAGAAACGAGUAAUAACAGCAAACUGCUAGAGAAGAAAAAAACAGUCGCCAUUUACGCCCUCAUUAGUGUUAUCAAUUCGUUUCCGAAUCAUGUCCCUCAUUGGCUCCCAAACAUUUUGAUGAGCGUAGCCAGGAUGUCAAAUAAUAAGGUGCAUAUCAUAAAGAAGGAGAUAGAGAAAUGCAUCCAGAAUUUUUUGAGGACCCACAAGGACGAAUGGGAGUACAAGUACAAGUUGGUUUUCACGGAGGACCAGCUCAACAUCUUGGACAUGUACAAGGGCGGCCUUAAUUACUUCACCUGA